ACUUAGCAAUAAGCAUCGGUUCUUCAACUUGUAUUUCGACAGAAGAUCUUUUACAAGGGUUUUAUAAGGCGAAAAGGGAAACAACUAUGAAUUACUUGGCAGCCAUCUUUCUGGUGUCCUGUUUGGCUUUUGGCUCGGCCCAGGUAAACCACUUCAAGCCGACCGCAUUCUGCGCCCCCAACGCCGAGCAAGCUGACCCAACCAGCAAGUGUUACUGUAAGCCUGGCUUCAAAGGUGAUGGUGACCUGUGUUGUGGCCCUAAAGAUGAAGGUGUGUGUAUUCUCCGUUAUGACCCGAUUCUAAGGCCCGUGGACGGCAAGAAAACAUGGGUGCACUACCCCUGUACACACAGCGUUGCCACGGUAACGAAGACUGUCAACAAUCUGGCGUGUGAGAUCAAAGUCUACACGGCCGUCAACUACACUAACUUCGGCACCCAAUACGACGAUCGUUUGUCUGUCCACAUUAGAAUAGGCGAGGAAAAUCACUACUAUCAAAUUUCUAAUGGAGUCCCUACCAACCUAAAGGACAACUCCAAACUCGCCCUCAACAGAAUCGGGGACGAGGCCACCUAUGUCAAGAAGUCGAGCGAGGGCGUUGAGGAAUUCGGUCUGCUCUACAACACAGUUCAGAAAAGAUGGCGGAUCAAAGCUUGUGGUGGGGAGGUGGUUUUCAGAGAGCCUUACAACGACGGCGUUUUAGUUCAGGAGAAAUCCCCAGGGAUCUGUGUGAUUGCUCCCCCUGAGGACAUUGUUGGCUCAGUGGACAGCGGCAACAUCUGCAACCUGAACGGCAAGUACCUGGUCGCCCCCUACACCUCCACCACCUCCAAGCUACUGGCUGACAUCGUCCUGGGCUACGAGAACAUUCCGGGUGUGGUCAACCUGGACCCCCAGCCCAUACGACAGACCUGCACCGACCUGGCCGGUGUGUUCCUGACCUGCAGUGUGGACAAGAGGGUCGAGGCCCUGGACAAGUGCUCGGCCCUCAUCUCCAGCCACAGGGAGCGGAAGUGUUUCUAUGACAACCACGGCGCCGACAUCACCGAGGGGUUCAAGGACUGCGUCAGUGUCGUCUGCAACAAGGACCAGGACGCCUGUUCCCGAUUGGAGUCAAGCCCAGCAGUAAAAAAUUGUCUGAACAAUCUCUCCGCCUGUCGUCAAUGGCUGUAGUCACGUGAUUGGGGCGUCGCACGUGGUACUCUCCACACCAACCACACGUCAACAAAUAAACAACUCCAGAAAACUUAGAAAAAAAUAAUGAUUUUUAUUUUUAUUUUAUGACGAAGUGUCAAUCAAUAUUUAUGGUGAUUAAUUACAAUACAAUUAAAAAUAAUGGUAU